AUGGGGCUGGGGGCUGAGCGUGGUGUCUGGCUGUCCCUGCUGCAGACCCUCCGUGAGCGGGAGCUGCUCCCGGCCGUCACCUUCACCUUCUCCCGUGGCCGCUGCGAGGAGCAGGCGGCCGCCCUGGGCUCCCUGGAGCUGCUGAGCGGCGCCGAGCGCGCCCAGGUCUGGCACUUCCUGACGCGCUGCCUGGCCCGGCUGCGCGGCUCCGACCGGCGCCUGCCACAGGUGCUGCAGCUGUCGGAGCUGCUGCAGCGCGGCAUCGGCGUCCACCACGGCGGGGUCCUGCCGCUGCUCAAGGAGGUGGUGGAGAUGCUCUUCAGCCAGGGGCUGGUGAAGGUGCUGUUUGCCACCGAGACCUUCGCCAUGGGGGUGAACAUGCCGGCGAGGACCGUCGUCUUCGACUGCAUCCGCAAACAUGACGGGAAUGGCUUCCGGGAUCUCCUGCCCGGCGAGUACACGCAGAUGUCGGGGCGCGCCGGCCGCCGCGGGCUGGACACCACCGGCACCGUCAUCAUCCUCUGCAAGGGAGCCGUGCCCGAGCUGUCGGAUCUGCACCGCAUGAUGCUGUGUCACUGCCAUGUUCCCACCGUGUCCCCCGAUGGCUUCGGCUCCCAACGGUCGCUCCCCGGCGCUGGGUCCAGAGCGGCCCGAGGAGGGGAUGCUCUGUGUGCCGGAACGCUGCUGCCAGCACUGAAAACCUGUGUGCUUCGUGGUGUCCAUCGCCCAGCUGGCAACGAUUCCCUGGUGUUUGGUGCAUUAAGUCACACCCAGCUGUGUGGGAUGGCAGGGGCUGGUUCUGGGGUAACAAGGAAGCACAAGGCCUAA